AUGGCCCCGAUGCCCCAAAAUACUCAGAGGCCGCCUCCUCUAUGUCCCGCCUGGGUCUUUUCCAAUCACUCCGACACCCAUGUUGUCAAAGAUCGCCAUUGGUUCGGAAAAGACUACAUCCCAUUCAGGUCCUAUGUCACGGAUAUAGCUGGAGGCUCGGUCGAAGUCAUUGGGAUGGGAACCGUCAACCUCGCCACCAUGAGAUCGCCUACCCAGACUGAUUCGGAUACGGACGGCUCCCUCCACUUGAAGAACGUGCUACAUACCCCUGCAAUCCUCUGUAAUAUUAUUGGAAGCCCUGUGACGGACGACUACAUUAUCACUUGGGGCGGCCCGCCUUCCUCAGAUAAAUCCGGUGAAAUUAUGAGCAAAAGUGGUCGUACCGUGGCCUACUUCAAGCCCAUGGGUCAAGGCCCCAGCCUGUACCAAGUCCAACUUAGCGAUCCUCCAUUCGGUCAUCAGUUCGGAAUUUCACCUUUGCUCCGGAAUGGACUCUACAUGAUUCAUGCCUUCUGGCCCCAGUCCGAGCGGCAGAGGUUUGCAAUCUUGAAAGCCUCCGGUCUGAUUCGGGCCUCUGGCGUAGAGCCGCUGACACAAUCCGAGAGUGGAUGGUUCAAGAGGAGACACAUGUCUGAGAAUGCAAUUCUAGUUGAAUACGGGUUGGACAAGAAGAGGGAGGAGCAUCAAGAGGAAGGUCGUGCCAUCAUGCGGAUCCUGAAGUCUCAUGCCGAAAACGCACAGAGCCCCCAUUCCCGUUGA